GUAUCCUCUCACAGCUCAAGAAAGAGAUUGCAGAAUUGUCUCUGCAGCGAGACCUUGCUCAGUUUGAGGUUCAGGAUUUGCACCGAUUGGUUGUGGAUCACAAAUCUUCAACUGCACAGGUGGAUGCAUGCAGUGAUUACCCUAAACUUUGUGUGCGAGGUUCAUGGGAACUCAAGAACCCAAUUUUAGAUACUCAAAACCGAGCAGAUAAUGAGUAUUUGGAUGUUGGUAUCUUAACAAUUGAUUCAUGUCAAUAUUCAGAUCAACACAGUAGGAGUGACUUAGAUGGGCAUAUGAUCCACAUUCCCGACUUCGAAGAGAACUCUUUACUCUCAGACCCCUCUUCACAGCUCUCAAUUCGGAUAUCUCACUCCAGGAGAAAUAGAAUAUGUCCAGAGGACAUUGGAGAGUACACUGAUGAAAAUUCUGAGGACUUUUGCAGAGAAGUACGCUGCAUUGAGAUGGAAAAGCCGAACUCGAACUGCCAUGGAAAUGGUGGUAUGUCAUCAGUGGAGGAGACAGCAGGCAUCUCGGACUAUAUUGUGGUUGAGGAAGGUGAUGUAGAAAAAGAGAAAUUGGGAUCACCAACUUUGGAGAAAGCUAGACAGUUAGCGUCCAUCAAGAAUAUGUAG